GGCUCGCUGCAACCAGCCGGUAGUUUCAGUUCACACAGAAACCACGGUGGAGGCGGCGGCGUGUAGCCGGAGUCUUCUGAGAAAGGAGACCGAAAACCAAGCUGUAGACAGUUAUAUGUCGUUUCCUGUGGAUGAUAAUAACGAAUGGCUGGCUCGUCGGUGAUGUACUUUCAAUAUCUACAAGACCUUGGGGGUUGAUAUCCAGAAUCUUUUUGGACAUCAUCCCGGUAUUGUAUUUUUGACCGGAAGCAUUUGAUGAUGGAUUGGAACCGUCCCACACCUUGAAAUAAGUCCUACCCGGAUCGAAUUACCGGUCGUGUUAGGUUUCCUACCUAAAGCACCGACCUCACCACCUCCGCGCCUGGAACAGGUGGAAACGUGUCAUUUAUUUAGUUGUUGUCACCACCCACCUGGAAGUGGCAUGGGUAACCAGGUUGAGAAACUGACACAUCUGACUUAUGACAAUGUUCCGACCGCGGAUCCCAACGGGUUUGACACGGAGGAUGAGCUGGGGCCCCGGAUCGGAGUGUCCUACAUCUUCUCCGCGGACGACGACGAACAAGAGGAACGUGUUGACGGACCGGACAAGGAUCAGAACGAGGAAGAGAAACAAUACGAUAACUGCAACGAGCUGGAGUGUGUUGUGUACUACCGUGACGAAUCUGUGUACGAGAAAAAUCUCAAACUCUCUGAUAUGAGCACGUAUUCGACUGAGAAUCUUUUAAACAAGUGCAUACCGGGGGAUUUGGUGGAGUUCGUGGCUACGGGCCAGUACCCUCACUGGGUUGUGUACGUGGGCGACUUUCAGGUCGUUCACCUGCACCGGGCUGAAAUCAAGAAUAAUUUCCUGACAGAUGCCAGUCAAGGAAAGCGAGGCAGGAUAGUUAACGGGCUGUAUAAAUUCCGCGCUCUGCCUCCCGAGGUGGUGGUGCAGAACGCGGUGCAGCAAGUAGGAACGAGAGACAGAGAGCUGGACUGGAGGAACUCUGAGUGCUUUGCUGCGUGGUGCAGGUUCGGGAAGAGGGAAUUUAAAAUAGGAGGAGAGAUCCGUAUCGGAAAGCAGCCCUACAGGUUGAAAAUGUUGUUUUCUGAAAAGAAGAGUCACGUCCUUGAAUUUCAGAGUUUUGACGACUUGAUCAUGGAGAAGAGGAGAAACGAUCAGAUAGGCAGAGAUGCGGUGACGCAAGAGUUAGCGAACCAUCUCAACGCAACCGAUGCGGAAAUUAAGGACGACUUUCAUCAGAGUGUGAACUGAAAGACCCCAAGAGAAACGGAUGGUAAUGUCCAGUGGACGACUUGGGCAGCGUUCAGCUUUAGGAUACAGGAGCCCACGUGACUAGAACACUGUUGGAAAUCCUGUUUUGUUUUUUUUGGCGCAAAGGCCGUGCGCCUUUUUAUGCAUACCAAAACAUUUAUAUUGGUUUGAGACGAAGUAGCAACUCAACCAAUGAAGUGCAUUUAAUUUACCAACAGUUUCUACCUUGAGACAAGGACACCUUGAAACCCACAAAAAUUCCCAUUAAUACUGAACAAAAAUCUAAACUCAUCAUGCAACAAUUUCAAAGAAUUUACUGAGUUAUGGUUCAUAUAAGGAAAUCAGUCGCUUGAAAUAAAUUGAUUAGGCCCUAGUAUAUGGAUUUAGGGUCUAAUGUUCACUAUCGGAUGUAAACAAAUAUGCAUCUGUUGGUCACAGAUACAUUAUUUUUAAUUUUUAAAUGAGCCUCAGGAUCUCGUCACGGUAUCUCUGGACAUUCCAAAUUGCCCUCGAUUUAAAAUGCCAUUGUGUUCGUUGUGUCCGUAGCUUAUACCUGGCCCAUACCAUAACCCCACCGCCACCACGGGGCACUCUGUUCACACAACGUUGACGUCAGUAAACCGCUCGCCCACACGACGCCGUACACGUGGUCUGCGGGUUUUGAGGUUGGUUGGACAUAUACUGCGAAAUUCUCUAAAAACAACGUUAGAUGUGGGUUAUGUUAGAGAAAUCAAAAUUAAAUUCUCUGAUAACAGCUCUGGUGGACCUUCCUGCAGUCAGCAUGACAAGUGUACGCUCCCUCAACUUGAGACAUAUGUGACAUUGUGUUGUGUGACAAAACUGCACUUUUUUUUUGUGUGUGUGGCCUUUUUAUUGUCCCCCCAGCACAAGGUGCACCUGUGUAAUUAUCAUUCUGUUUAAUCAGCUUCUUGAUAUGCCACACCUGUCAGGUGAACGGAUUAUCUUGGCACAGGAGAGAAAUGUUCCCUAACAGGGAUGUCAACAAAUUUGUGCCAGAAAAUGUGUGUAUGGAACAUUUCUUGUCUCUUUUUAUUCCAGCUCAUGAAUCAUGGGAAAAAAACACACUUUUACACGUUGCUUUUUUAAUAUUUUUGUUCAGUGUAGCUUCAAGUCGUCCCAUAUGGACUGGUCUCUGUUGUUUUCUACCCAUCUGAAGAGGAGCAAAGCCUUUCCUAUAGCCUUUCAUAUCUGUCUGUUUCACUACGUGCUCCUGGACAACCCCUGGUGUUUUAGACCAAUGGAGAGGGAGCAGAACAUGCUCCUGGACAACCCCUGGUGUUUUAGACCAAUGGAGAGAGAGCAGAACAUGUUCCUGUACAACCCCUGGUGUUUUAGACCAAUGGAGAGGGAGCAGAACAUGCUCCUGGACAACCCCUGGUGUUUUAGACCAAUGGAGAGGGAGCAGAACAUGCUCCUGGACAACCCCUGGUGUUUUAGACCAAUGGAGAGGGAGCAGAACAUGCUCCUGGACAACCCCUGGUGUUUUAGACCAAUGGAGAGGGAGCAGAACAUGCUCCUGGACAACCCCUGGUGUUUUAGACCAAUGGAGAGGGAGCAGACCAUGCUCCUGGACAACCCCUGGUGUUUUAGACCAAUGGAGAGGGAGCAGAACAUGCUCCUGUACAACCCCUGGUGUUUUAGACCAAUGGAGAGGGAGGAAGCAGAACAUGUUCCUGUACAACCCCUGGUGUUUUAGACCAAUGGAGAGGGAGGAAGCAGAACAUGUGACCCAUUUGACAUUUCACUUUCCGGAUUCCCUACUGUGACUUUAUGAUUCCCUUUCUGACCUGUCUGACCGGUUAUUGUAUUCACAACCACAAUUCUGUGUGUCCCAAAUGGCUCCCUAUAUAGUGCACUACUUUUGGCCAGAGGCCUAUGGUCCCUUGUCAAAUGUAGUGCACUACUUACUAUACAGGGUGCCAUUUGGGAUGUUUCCUGGCUGCACUUUAAUUGAGUCUAUUAUUGAUUUUAUGGGUUUUUUAAAAACUGUUUUUUUUUUUUUUUUUGGAGGUGAAUGUUUGUAUGAGGAAAUAUAUGGAAAUAAAUAUCUAUUUAACCUAAA